AUGGGGAGGACCGUUCAGCUGUAUCUGUUUGUCGCUGCUUACUUCUUCCUUAAAGGCUGCCGCGGUUCCGAAGCCGAGCACCGGCUCUACGAAGAACUGUUUGCAAAUUACAACAACAUUAUCAGGCCAGUGGAGAACGUGUCUGACCCGGUCAUUAUUUGGUUCGAGGUGUCCCUGUCUCAGCUGGUAAAGGUGGAUGAAGUGAACCAGAUUAUGGAGACCAAUUUGUGGCUGAGACACAACUGGAAUGAUUACAAGCUUAAGUGGAAUCCAGAGGACUACGGAGGUGUUCGGUUUAUUCGAGUGCCGUCGCAGAAGAUCUGGAAGCCAGAUAUCGUAUUAUAUAACAACGCUGUCGGGGACUUCCAGGUAGACGACAAAACCAAAGCCAUCCUGAACUACACUGGCAACGUCACUUGGAUGCCGCCGGCGAUAUUCAAGAGUUCCUGCAAAAUCGACGUCACCUACUUCCCGUUCGACUACCAGAACUGCACCAUGAAGUUCGGGUCCUGGUCCUACGACAAAGCCGAGAUUGACUUGGUCCUCGUCGGCUCCGCUAUGAACCUCAAGGAGUACUGGGAAAGCGGGGAGUGGGCCAUCAUUAAUGCGCCCGGUUAUAAGCACGACAUUAAGUACAACUGCUGCGAAGCCGUCUACCCCGAUAUCACCUACUCGCUUUACAUCAGGAGGCUGCCUUUGUUUUACACCAUCAACAUGAUCAUCCCUUGCCUCCUGAUCUCAUUUUUAACCGUGUUGGUCUUCUACCUGCCUUCGGACUGCGGGGAGAAAGUCACCCUGUGCAUUUCGGUCCUCCUGUCCUUAACCGUGUUCUUGCUGGUGAUCACGGAGACCAUCCCUUCCACCUCCCUGGUGAUACCGCUGAUCGGGGAAUACCUUCUCUUCACCAUGAUCUUCGUCACUCUCUCUAUUGUCAUCACCGUCUUUGUACUGAACGUGCACUACAGGACUCCUCGGACGCACACUAUGCCCGAGUGGGUGAAGGCCAUCUUCCUCAACUUCCUCCCCAGGAUCAUGUUCAUGAAGCGGCCGGCCGGCGAAGAGGGCGACGGCCCAAAGCCGAAGCCCUUUAACGGCGCCGAGCUCUCCCAGUUGAACUCCCUCGGCCUCUCCGAGACCAAGUGCCCCAGGGAGGGGUUCGUGUGCCAUGACGCGGCCUGCCCGUGCCAGCACGUGAAAUACGUGAAGGUGAACAGCAACCUGACCCAGACCUCCAGCUUGGAAUCCGUGGACGCCCUGCUGCCAUUUUCGGUCCUGUCGCCGGAAAUGAGGGAGGCGAUCGAGAGCGUGAGGUACAUCGCGGAAAACAUGCGGCUGCAGAACGAAGCCAAAGAGGCGCAAGACGACUGGAAAUAUGUCGCCAUGGUUAUUGACCGCAUUUUUCUGUGGGUUUUUAUUCUCGUGUGCAUUUUGGGAACGGCCGGAUUGUUUCUGCAGCCUUUGAUGGUUACGGAUGAAGUGUAG